CAAAUUAAAGCCUCAUAGUAGAGAAUUAAAAAUAGACUCUAAUACAGGCACCAGAUGGUAGGUUCACUCCCUCACCAUACACUCAAAAAACUGGCUGAUAAAUAUGGACCUCUCAUGCACUUGCAGCUUGGGGAACUUUCAACGAUUAUCAUAUCAUCUCCAAAAUUGGCUAAAGAAGUCCUGCAAAGCAAUAGUCUUGCCUUUGCAAAUCGGCCACAGAUUAUCGUGGCUAGAGUAAUGUUGUACAACAGUUUGGGCGUUACUUUUUCUCCAUAUGGCGACUACUGGAAUCAAAUGCGUCAAUUGUACAUCAAGGAACUCCUUGGCCCAAAGAGUAUUCAAUCCUUUUUCCGUGUCAUGGAGGAUGAAAUCUCAAACAUGGUCAUGUCAAUUAAGGAGUCGCAAGGUACAACAGUCGUUGUAAUUGACGAAAUUCUAAAAUAUUUAAACUCCACAAUUAGCAGAGCCUCGGUUGGGAGGCUAUGCAAAGACCAAGAAGCACUUAUAUUGGCAACCAGGGAAGCAGCAUCACUUGCUGGAGUAUUCAAUCUUGCUGAUAUCUUCCCUUCUCUCAAGAUUCUUCAACUUCUUAGUGGACUGAAGCCCAAGUUAGACAAACUGUGCAAAAUCCUCGAUGACAUCCUUGAUGAUAUUAUCAGUAACCAUGAAAAGACCGAGAUCAGCACCGCUGAGGAAGAUAUAGUGGAUAUUCUCUUAAGGCUCAAAAACAGCAAUGAGUCUCGGUUCCCUAUUACCAACAACAAUAUCAAGGCUAUCAUAUUUGAAUUAGCGGUUGCUGGAACUAUAACUUCAGCAGUAGCAACAGAAUGGGCAAUGGCAGAAAUGUUGAAGAACCCAAGAGUUAUGGCUGAGGCACAAGCUGAAGUACGGCAAGCCUUUGAGAGAGAGAAAAACAUUGGUGUAAAUGACGUCCAGGAAUUGAAAUACCUGAAACUAGUGAUAAAGGAAUCUCUCCGACUACACCCUCCAGGUCCAUUGUUAGCCCCGAGAGAAUGCAGAGAAGAAUGCAAGAUUGGAGAUUAUAUUAUACCUAGUGGCACCGUAACUAUUACAAAUGCAUGGGCAAUGGCAAGAGAUCCGGAAUACUGGAAUGACCCUGAAAGGUUUGAACCUGAGAGGUUCUACAAUAGUUCUAUUGAUUUUAGAGGAAACGACUUGGAGCUCAUACCAUUUGGUGCUGGGAAAAGAUUGUGUCCAGGCAUAGACUUUGCUGUGACAAACAUUGGGCUUUUGCUCAUCUACUCUACCACUUUGAUUGGAAACUUCCCGGAGGAAUUAGUCCUGAAGAUUUGAACAUGGCUGAGAGGUUCGGUGCUGCAGCCUCAAGGAAAAAUGAGUUACGUCUACUUCCAAAAACCUAUGCUCCAUCUGAUGUCUGAUUGUAGAAAGUUUGCAAUUUCGAACGCAUUGUUAGAUUAAGUUUUUCCAGUUUGUGUAAAAUAAUGGCAAUGAAUCUGGGUAUCUUGUUAUAAAAUGGUUAUUAAUUAGUAUGCAGACAUAAUUAGGCCAGCAAAUGUGCGCCCUGUAUUGUUUUAUAUGAA